AUGUCGACAGAACACACAGAGACCAACUUUACAGGAAUCGAUAUCUCUGCUGUCUGGCCCACCGAAAUUCGUCCUCGCAACUGCCGCUUCCAGGUCGUCAAUGCCCUCCAGGGUCUCCCCUUCGAGGACAACACCUUUGACUUUGUCCACCAGCGCUUCUUGAUUAUGGGAUAUCCCGCCAAGGACUGGCCCUUUGUCAUCAAGGAACUCAUUCGUGUCACCAAACCUGGCGGCAUUAUCGAACUCACAGAGAUCCCCAUCGUCUCGAAUGCGAACGGACCCGAGCUGACAAAGUUGAUGGAGGUGCUUGAACAGGGCUGCCUUGCUCGAGGACUCGAUACCACUGCGGCCAAGAAGCUCGAGGGUAUGAUGCGCGAGGCGGGCAUUCAAGAGGUCAAGGCCUGUCAUGCGUCGAUCCCAGUCGGUGCGUGGGGAGCCAAGGUCGGCCAGCUGAUGCGCGAGAACUUUGCAGGAAUUUGGUCAAGUCUGAAGGGCCUUAUCAAGGAGCUGACGGGCAUGAACGAUACCCAGUACGAGGCCAUGAUCAAACGGAUCUUUGUCGAGUACGAGCACUACAAGUGCUAUGUCAACUGCUAUUGUGCCUGGGGUGUCAAGCCCCACCCCGCUCUUCGCCCUGAGGAAUCAUCGUCGCCAUCAUAUAGCAUUCCACCAACGCCGUCUUCCUCUUCAACGACAUCCCCGCCUUAUCCCCAACAUUCUCAUCCUCAACACUGA